AUGUCUUCGACAAAAUUAGAGAAAACCUUGAGUUAAAUGGACUAGUGCCUUUUAGAGUUGACAUCUAAAAUUAGUGAAUUUCAGACUAAGAAUCCAAACUUUGAACUAGCUGCUAGUGGCUCAGCCAACUCUAGAGUUGAUAAUACUAAGAUUAAUCUAGCAUUUGCUUUUGGAUUGAACUCUCUCUACUAUUCAUUAUUGAGAAUUUAAAGCACAAAGUCUAAUGCGAAGUCUCAUCCAGUUCAUCAGCAAAUAUAGGCAGUACGAGAUCAUUAUCUCAAACUAGAUAGUGUUUAAAAUCCCAGGAAAAAGAGACAAGACAAGGAAAAGAACAAAUAGGAAGAUUAUUAGUACUAAUAGAGGAAUCAAUCUGGGCUCGAAAUCAACAAAGAGGCAGCCAACAGAAUAAUUCAAAGAACUGUGAAUGAAAAUAAAAGGAUUAUAAAUAAGCAAGAACUUGAGGAGUUAGAAGCUAAAAGAAAAAGAUUCAAGGUUUCUAGCACAGAUUUUAUUGAAAGCGAGGAUAGUGAAAAUGAUGAGAGUGAGGAAGAAUAGAAGAAUGCCAGUCUUAUCUAAUCGAAAUCCGCCUAGAAAAAAUAAGAUUAAUCCAAUGAUUCAAAUAGCAGUGAUUCGGAAGAAGAUAGUAAGUCAAAGGUUAAGGAUAAAGAUCUAAAGAGUACGCUAGCACAGAAAAAGAUAGUAAAGUCUCAAAAUGUUAUGCACGGAGCAACAGUAGUGCCAGUUCCAGCUUUUAUCAAGCAUAGAAAGCUCCUCGAAAAAAAAUGA